UGAACAUCCGCCCUCGCUUCCACAAAACAUUUACCAUGUGCCUUGCUCGUUGCUUUCACGAUUCUUCAUAUACAUACUCUACAUAGCUGGUCAUAGAUUGAUUAAACAGAGAGAAAGAGAGAAAGAGAGAGAGAGGUAGCAGAGGCAGAACACAACAAACGCAGCAAAAACUCCCACUUUCUCAGCCACCUCUCUCUCUCUUUUUUCUAUAUCAAUCUCAUCGUCAUCAUCAUCAAUCUACGUGUUUCAUUAUGGCUUUUUGGUCGUUGUUGUAGUUGUAUCUAACCUGCUCUAAACCCAUCCAACUCAAACAUCCUUUCUCAGCAUCCAAGUUUGAAACUUGUUUUCUUUUUAAAAAUAUUUUCUUAGCAGAUCCGUUUUCUGUACGUUCUUGUUCCAGUUCUUUCUGUGUUCACCAUAUAAACCCUCCAGCCCUGAGAAAAAAACCCACUUCAAAGAAAGCUUUUUUUUUUAUUUCAUUUUUGUGAGUUUUAUACUGGGAGUGGCAGCCAUGAGUACUACUGAGUCGAAUGGUGGCGGAGUUCAGAUCCAGCAGAGUAGGAGACUGCCGGAUUUUCUCCAAAGUGUGAACUUGAAAUAUGUGAAGUUGGGUUAUCAUUACUUGAUGACUCAUCUUUUGACCCUUCUGUUAGUUCCGUUAAUGGCGGUCAUUAUCAUUGAGGCCUCUCAAAUGAACCCAGAUGACAUUCACCAUCUAUGGCUUCAUCUUAAAUACAAUCUCGUCAGUGUCAUUAUUUGUUCUGCUUUUCUUGUUUUUGGAUCCACCGUUUAUAUAAUGACCCGACCCAGAUCCAUUUAUUUGGUUGACUAUUCCUGUUACCGUCCUCCCUCUCAUUUGCAAGUCAGAUAUAAGAAGUUUAUGGAGCAUUCGAGACUCACUGGUGAUUUUGAUGAAUCAUCAUUGGAGUUUCAGCGCAAGAUUUUGGAAAGAUCAGGUCUUGGUGAAGAAACUUAUGUUCCCGAGGCUAUGCAUCAUAUUCCUCCAAGGCCUUCAAUGGCUGCAGCCAGGGAAGAGGCAGAGCAGGUGAUGUUUGGUGCUUUGGAUAAUCUUUUUGCUAAUACUAAUGUCAAACCUAAAGAUAUUGGCAUUCUCGUUGUUAAUUGUAGUUUGUUUAAUCCAACACCUUCAUUAUCUGCUAUGAUUGUUAAUAAGUAUAAAUUGAGGGGCAAUAUAAGGAGUUUCAAUCUUGGUGGUAUGGGGUGUAGUGCUGGAGUCAUUGCUAUUGAUCUUGCGAAGGAUAUGUUGCAAGUUCAUAGAAAUACUUGUGCAGUUGUUGUUAGUACUGAAAAUAUCACCCAGAAUUGGUACUUUGGAAACAAAAAAUCAAUGUUAAUUCCCAAUUGUUUGUUUAGAGUUGGAGGUGCUGCAGUAUUGUUAUCAAAUAAAGCUAAGGAUAGGCGCUGCGCUAAGUACAAGCUUGUUCAUGUUGUGAGGACACAUAAGGGGGCUGAUGAUAAUGCAUUUAAAUGUGUUUAUCAGGAGCAGGAUGAUAUUGGGAAAACGGGGGUUUCCUUGUCCAAGGAUUUAAUGGCUAUUGCUGGUUUGGCCCUUAAGACUAACAUCACUACAUUAGGUCCCCUUGUUCUUCCCAUAAGUGAGCAACUUCUCUUUUUUGCCACUUUGGUUUCCAAGAAGUUGUUUAAUGCAAAAGUCAAGCCUUAUAUUCCUGAUUUUAAGCUUGCUUUUGAGCACUUCUGCAUUCAUGCCGGGGGAAGAGCUGUGAUUGAUGAGCUUGAGAAGAAUUUGCAGCUUCUCCCAGUACAUGUUGAGGCAUCUAGGAUGACUUUACAUCGGUUUGGCAACACUUCGUCAAGCUCAAUUUGGUACGAGUUGGCAUACACAGAGGCAAAAGGAAGGAUGCGAAAGGGGCAUCGUGUUUGGCAGAUUGCUUUUGGAAGUGGUUUCAAGUGUAACAGUGCAGUCUGGCAGGCCCUCAGGAAUGUGAAACCUUCUUUCAAUAGUCCAUGGGAAGAUUGCAUUCACAGGUAUCCAGUGGAGUUAGUUCUAUAGCUCAAACCACAAUUCAGUUAGAGAAUCUUCAUAUAGAGAAGCGUAUCUUGACAGAUUAACUAAGUUAUUAUUGUGUCUUCUGUUGUUACCUUCCGAAUUUUCUUUUUUUGGGGUCAUUGUUCCUAAUUUUUUUGGGUCACUUCAUGUGCUAUCUGGUCUUCAAACUCAUAAUGUCGACUUCUAUAGUUUGCUUGAGUGUCUUGGUUAUGAACCUGGGUUCUUGUACUUUGAUGCUUUGAUAAUAUUUAUGCUGAAUGGAAGUGCUUGUACUUAAAA